UUUCCUAUUAUCAAAAAUCGACUUCGCAGUGUUCCGCUUCUACCUUCUCUUCUGGCCUCCUCCACUGAGAUGAUGAGUGAAAGUAACAGUAUUUAUGGUCCACCACGCACCCUCUACGACUGGGCGUGCCUCCAAAUAACUAGUGCCACUCCUCGUCGUCUCAGUGCACCCAGCUUUCCCGGCUCAUUGGGCAGUAAUUUUCGCCUUACUUCGGCGACUAACAGUUCUGGAGACGUUCCCACCCCUAUCGGCUCAUCACGUCUCGCUCCACCACCUCUAUUCCUCCAGUCAAAACUUGCUCAUACUGCAGUUGCUGGAGUCUCCUCUUUCUACCUCGCCAACUCUUCUCCCACCACCUCGCAAGUGGAAGGUGACAGUGGAGAGAGUUCUAUCACCGUCAUGCCUAGUUUGGAGACGCCUCUGUUGCAACUCGUAGAUGAUUCGAGUGCUUUAUUGAAGGCAAUGCAGGAACUCCCUCCUGGAGCCACACUUAUUCCAUUCAAUGCCACAAAAGACGAUGCCGACAAUGAUUCCCUUCUCAUGGUUGGAGAAGAUGAAGAAGAGGCAGUGGAUGCGUCAACCCAACCGCGACUCCCUCAUUUCUAUUCGAAUUUGAAGGCUUUCGCAGAGUUGCUUGAUUCUGCUCCACGAGAUGCAGAAAUUUCUACAGAGGAUGAGGAAGAAGAAGAAGGGGAACGGGGAAAAGAGAAAGUAGACGCAAGGCUUCCAAUUUCUAGGUUACAUGCUAACAGCCCUGCCACGCCCUUGGGAAUGGCCUCAGCGUCUUCUCGGCCCAUGCCUGAAGAAGAGGAAGAGGAUUUAAGAAGAUCAGAAGUGGACGAGACUUUGACGUCACCCCACUUAAGGAUUCGCGAUCUCAAUUGGCGACUUUCGAGGCGGAACUUCAGUGACCAUUUGGCGAAACUGUCACAAGUGAGGGACCAGGCGAUGAAAAUGCAAACGAUUAUCUUAGAAAAGGCAGAGGAGAUCCUUCGGGAUUGUCAGUUAAAAAGAUCGGAAAAACAUCUGCGUCAGGCCCUCAACGCACAGAGUCACCGCCUUAGUGCCAUAACUACCACCUACAAGAACCUUAAGGUCACUUUUCACAGAAUUGUCGAACUGAAACGGAAACUCGCUGAAGCGAUCUCAAUGCUCCAAGAACAACUUCAAACCUUCUCUUCGGAGCUAACAACGAAAAAUCGUGAAUGUCUCCGGUGUUAUAAAAACUUGAGAACCAUCUCCAAGUGCAGUGCUGUGUUGGACCAGCUGCAGGAUACACCUGAACUCUACAUCAAGUGCCUCCUCGAGAUUGUGCGUCGUCAUCGAAUGAUGGCACUAUGGAACAAUAUCAAUGAUUGUUACACCAAUCAACUGACGGCCUUUCAACACACUGAGUCGCAUCGUCGCGAAACUCUGGCACUGGCGCUAAAAAAUCACAUUCUCGCACAAAUAUUUCGUCCCCUUCAGUCCUACUCUCGUGCGCCACGCCAGCUUUCACGUAUCUCUUUCAUCUCCACCACCGCCUUUUCUUCCAAUAAAAGGCUCACCACGCAAAGCAAAUGUCACUCUACCAGUCAGCUCAACUUCCAUUCACCCUCUUCUGCCUUCCGUCUACCCGCCAAUCGACCUGCUGAGAUUCGUCUACGUCCUCUACCUCCAGAAGUUAUCGAUCGUAGUGCGGUGGGACUGGAGAUGACACUGCCUGCAGUGAGCGCGGCAGAGAUGCGUGAAUUAGCCACUCAAUUACCACAAGACCUGGCGGAGAUGAUCUCGGAGGCCCUUCUGAAGUUGGAAGCGGAUGAGAAGGAGGUGAUGACCGGGUUCCUUCUAAAUUCCAAUCGGAGCGAGGAGGAGGGUGACGAUUCGGAAGCGCGACAUCAUUCGCAUCUCAUGCGCCCGCAUUUGCGCAGGCGAUCGCGCCUUGCUUCCAGUCCUGGAGCACUUGCUCUUCUACCUUGUCAUCAGCAACAGAGUGUUGACGUUUCGACGUGCACAGGAGAUAGGCUAGCCUGUAUUGAGGAGACCAUCAUCCUGAGUCGUUCAUUCCUCCCCAAGGAACAGUCGUCGGAUAUUUAUCUGUCGAUGGAUGCCUCACAGUUCAAUGAAAGAACACCUUCUGUCGGCUUGUGUACCCCUCAACAGCUCAGCUCAGCCUUCUAUUCCCUUCAUGGUAGCAGUGUGAGCAGCGAUGGCAACGGGACAGGAAGUGCUAGUUCUUCCGGCUCCGUUGUUACUCCAUCCAAUUCACGGGUGAAUGAACUUCUUUGCGGUCACAAUGACUGCUUGAAUCGACUUGUUGGGCAACUCAGCGAUCAUCUCCCAUUUCCUCUCACCAUCACUUUGCCUACCUUUACUGAUGGAGAGGAGGUGGAAAGUUAUCUAAGCGAGGCGGUGGUGUGUCUUAACCAAGUGGUGAACCACUUUGAAGCCCUUAAAUCCAGCCUCGCCUCCUCUCCUGCCAGCACAACUCGCGAGUCCGUCGGUGUUCAAACGCUUCCCAGUAGUCACAACGUGGCGACAGACCGUAUUUUGAAGGAAACUGAGAAUGACGUCGGUUCAUUUCCGUUUUUAGAAUGCCGUCCUCGGGAUUUUGCUCUCCCUCAGACUUUUUCACCAUCCUCCACCGCCUCAAUGGCUACUUCCGACGGCUCUGUUGCUAUGCUAACCCCUACUGAGGCUCUGAUUCGUAUUCCGCGUCAUGAAUGCGUCUUCUCAAACUUCCGUCCCGAGGAUUUGGUCCUCUUCGUGCCUAUGAUCGGCUCCGAGAAACACUUGCAGCAAAAGGCAACCAAAGACGUUCCCGGUAGUGAAAACUCGUUGUCAGGUGGGGAAAAGUCGUCUCCGUGGGGUUCACGCUCUCUAGCAAUGCUCUCGUCAGCCAUCAUCUCCUCCUCCCUUGCAUCAUCAUCUCAGGCGAACACUGAAGUUGUAGAACAGUGGAGAAUGUUGUCAAACGAUGGCUACGUCUACUUCCUCCAUGAUGACGAUUUUGAAGCCUUCAAUCUAACGCGUCUCGCCAGUCUCCCGGCUACUAGUGCCCCUGGUCGUGCACCACCGAACUCUCCUCCAUUGAGAAUUGCUUCGGAUACUGCCUUGCCGUUGUCGAAAAGAGCUCUGCCCUACAUUGCUGGCGUCUUUCUGAGCAAAGAAAAGUGCAUCUCCAGAAAGGAUGAGAAUCGUUUCAGUCUGCCACGCAAUUUCAUCUUCUUCCGAGUUCGAGCUCGACCUCUUUGA